GUCGAUCCUCGCUGCGGCCAGAAAAAAGACAUACAACGUUCAGUUUCAGUCGUGAUAUAUCAGACAUUUGUGCUUGACCAUGCAGAGAGCACUCUGAAAUUGUUAUAUGUAUAUGUACAUAUAUAAACGGAUUUGUGAAAGUUGUGCAAAUAAUAAAAGUGUUUAAAACUUAAUUCAAAAUGCUGCAACGUUCAAUAGUUUUCUUUAUAGUGAUUGCCUGGAUUCAAACAGGUGGAUUAUGCCUGCCAAUCAGAGAAGAAGAGGAACCUGUGGUGAUUGAAUUACAAAAUGAAGAGAUGCAGCCCACUGUAUUGGAUUGUGAUUACACCUUAAAUGACACAGACUCGUUUUUGACAGUGAAAUGGUUCAGAGAUGACAAAACCAUUUAUCAAUGGAUACGUGGAUCUCCGCCUGCUCCAAUACCGGAUUAUAAAAAUGAUAUUGAUAGCUCCUAUGAAAGCUCUACGGAUCCAAAUAAGAGAUAUAGCUCUUUGGCUCUGAUUAAUCCAACUAUAGACACAACGGGUGAUUACAAAUGUGUUGUGCAGACGGGUACGGAAACCAUUACCAUUCAUCAACGGGUCCAGGUGAUUGAUGUCAGGAAUUACACAUUGAAUCUAUAUCACAAUAAGAUACAUAAUGAAACUCAAUUGGAGUGUAAGGUCUCAAAUGUCUUUCCAAAGCCUACAUUGACUAUUACAUCGAAUGAUGAAGACGUCGUCAAAGUGGUGACCAACGAUCCUCAAGAGAACGAAGAUGGUUACUUUAAUGCAACGACUGUUGUGGCUGUCUAUGAUAAUGAUGAUGAUGCCGAUUCCUAUCAGUGUGUGGUUUCCUUUAAGGGUUAUUCCAAAAAUUUAACUACCACAGAAACAUCAUCUUCGGAUGGAAGUUUAAUUGAUUUCAAAUUGUAUCGAUUAGGCUGGUUUUUAUGCUAUUUGCUUGCAAUUCAAAUAGCAAUAUUUUAAUUAUAAAUGUGUUAAUAUUUGUUGUUUA